AUGAAAAACUCUUUUCCAAGGUAAACAAAACCGUUAAAUUUUGAAUAUUUGUGAACAAAAUCGACGGCACGGCAGUGAAAUGGAAGAGAAAAAUACUAAAGAAAGUAUUUUCAAAGCAGUAGAAGAUUUAAAAAAAUAUCUAGCAAAUUACCCCUUUCACCCAAAAGAGUUAAUACUGGACGAUAUAGCGGCUUUCAUUUUCAAGAUAGUAGACAAAACCAAAGAUUAUUGCGAUGCUACUUCCCUACCAAAGCAAGAAUAUUAUAAUUUGGCAGUGGUUGUAAUGCAUUACUUUGUCACAUAUGAUUUCUUUAAAUCGGUCUCUAUAGAACACAAAAAUGAAAAAGACGUUCUAAUGGAGGUGAAUGGUUGCAUAUCUAAGGAACUUAUUAGUAUAUCACAAAAUGCACGUACAUUGAAAAGCAACGGUAAUGUUGGUAGCUUUAUAAAUCUGAUGGACACAUGCUUAGACAAAGCAGAAGACAUUGAUAUUUCGAAAGGUGUCCCCAAUGCCUUAGAUAGUUUAAAUGCAUCAAGUGGAACUAUUGAGGAGAUCCUUUCAUUUGCACUAUCAAUAGGUCAAGUGGGAUACAAUGACGAUAACAAAAUAAUAACUGCAGCAUGCCGAACAGUAUUGAACAGUGUUGAUCAACUCAAAGUGGAAAUUAACAAACAAGAACAUAAUUUGGAUAUGUUCAACUUAAUGACUGAAAUGUAUACCAGUGCAUUAUGCUCACUAGAAGCAAAAGUGAACGUGGCUGUUUUGAAUUUGUGUUUAAGGAUAUUCUCAAACUAUCAAGACCUUGUAGAAGAUCUUUAUAGUGCAUGUGUGAACUAUAACUCAAAUUCUUCAAAAAGAUUAGAUGAUUUGAUAACUGAUUUUGAUCUCCACAUGGAUCGAAUAUUUCAAAUUGCCCUAUUUUCAUUAGCAUGUUCCAGUAUUAAUAAACGAACGCUAGAUUUACAGAUUUUAGUCUUACAUUUACUGUUCUUGGAGAAAGAAUUAGUUCCAUCUUUUGUUUCUAUGACUACAAACCAUGCUCCUCAUAGGAGGAAAUAUGCCAAUAUUUUUAAAAAGUACUGGAUCGUUCAAAUGAAGAAGCUUCGACGUAUUGUACAUAAUAUCAUAGAACCUGAAGCUUACUGCAAGAUCAUUUAUGAAGCAUUAACAUUGAAUGCUGAGAAAAUGUGGGAGCAUAUAUCUGCAGGAAUUCUUCUUGACAAAGCUAUGAUAGAUCCCUUUCUGUUGUAUACCAAAGAAUUAGGCACAAUGAUAAAAACUUCCUUACAUUUGUUAAACGAAUUAAAAGAUGAUGCUUUAAUUAAAUUGGGAGUAAUUCAUAAGGUUUUACACGAAUUAGUGAUGGCAAAAAAUUGUUUUUUGGACAAAACAUCAAGUUUUACAACUGAAGAAGUUAAUUUCAAGUUGUUUAAGCGUUGCAAAGUUUUGUUGGGAGCGGUAAAAGACUUAUGGGUUUGUCUGAAGGGAGAUUUCAAAGACAUAUUGAAUGACACUUCCAGCGAAGUUGAUUCAAACAGUACCAUUGAUAGUCAACAUCAGACUUAUAUAACAGACAAUGUGGUACCAGAAAUGAAGAACAACAAAGAGCACAUAAAUAGCAGAGUUACUUUUGCUGUAACUCCAGUUUCUAUUACCUUUUCUAAAGAAAGAUAUAGCAGGGACUACUCGUUUAGGAACAAAACUCUGCUCCACAAAAGUUAUUCUAAAUGUUCGAUUGACAAUAUGUUGCACGAAUUAAGAAAAAGUUUCAUGAUGCCAAGUGAAUAGAUGUGGAAAAUAAUAACUCACCAUUUUUAUAUAAAUAUGUUUAUCUAAUGUUAUGUACUUAAUUCGCUAUUGUUUUCUUUGGUAUGUAAAAACACCCUGGAACCAUCAGGUUUUAUUAAUUGCGUAUUAUGAUAGUUGUGAUUUUUACAUUGUAAUUAAACAUCCGGUAU